AUGGUUCGCCAAAAAGACUAUUCAGUGAUGUCCUCCGGGAUGAGACCUGGUAUGUGGAGGAGUCGGAUUCAGAGGACGUUGCUCAACGGGAAAAGGAGGAGGAUGAUUUCCCAAGCAUUGAUGACGAUCCUAAGUGCCCCACAAUCCCGUUCACAGCGGCGCAGAAGAUAA